CUAGGUCGACGGACUUGUCUUGAUACAAAAGGUUUCUCGCCUCAGUCUGCGUCCACUGACAAUCAGGGCAUCGUAUGCACGUGGGCCUGCACUGUGUGACCAUGCACACGUCCACUACAUUGCCUGAUCGCGAUCGUUGAUUGAUUUUCCAAUUGUCAAUUAUUUAGUAUUCAGGCCUGUCUUGUCGAGUAUUAACACAGAUCGGAUAGGAGUUGAAGCAUACACUACAUACAGCUUUAAAUAGCUGGUGGUUUGGGGAAUAUAAUCAGCGUUGUCGGCUUACACUAUAUAAACUAGUUGAGCUUUUGGCUUCACCAAGUUUGUAAAGUCUCCAAGUAUGUCGUAUUUUGAUCCUAACACUCCAGACAUCGUGCUGAAGAGCUUAUUCAUGAAGUACGACACGGAUGGAAGUGGAGGGCUCGGGGCUGACGAGCUCAAAGUCCUUCUGAAAGACGACUUUGGGCUCACGGAGGACCAGGCCAAAACAUACGCCCUGGUCCUCGACAAGGACGGCAACAAAAACGUCACAUUUGAUGAGUUCGCAGCCUGGUUACGUAGCGGAGAAAGAUUUCAGACAAUACACGACAAGACCCGGUAUUUCUACCUGAAGAAAGCUGUGGAAUUGUUCAAUAAAUUUGAUGCUGACGGGAGUCAUACGCUGGAUCACGAGGAGUUCAGACAAGUCUUGGCGAGCACGGAGGCCAAGUCGGUGAAUGUGGAAGAGGCUUUGAAGGCACUUGAUAGUGAUGGAAACGGGCGUAUCUCGUUCCCCGAAUUUCUCAAGUGGCUCAAUUGGGUGCCAGCGGCUACCUUUGAGUAAACGAUAGGCUAUAACAAACGUAUCCUGUAUGAAACAUUAAAGGGCUACUGUAGGUAAAUGGACGCUGGUGUGAACUAGGGGAUCAAAUUGGCUGAUGCUGAUAUGUUUACUCAAUGCGAUACUGAGUAUAGAAAUAAGUGGUGAUCGCUUUGGGAGACUCGGACUGUAUAGAUGAUAGGCGAAGCUUGGAUGAGAUACUAGCAAUCUCCCCCUUGGUGAUAAUGAAUAAUUACCAUCAUUGAAGUAGGAUACUUCCAUGUGUGAUGUUUCCACUCUUCAGAGGAGCGAUCACUUUAAAUAAAGUUCUUUAUGAGCGAAGUUUACUCUUUCGAUUUGGGGAGUAAGUCGUCUUAUAAAUUUGAUUGCUUCGGCUCAAGUGUGUGUCGAGGUCACUUCCAAAAACCCAUGGUGCAUUUGAACUAACAAAGAGCAUCAAGGGCCUAUUUUGCUUAUUAAACGUUCAUAGCUUCUUAAA